AUGGUGUCCGUCUUUGUGCCCAUCCUCUACCUAGUCGUUCUCAUUGGCGGUCUAGGCACCUUUUCUUACUACUACCGCAAACGUCUCCUCAAACAAAGCGCAGAAUCAAAGACCUUGAUGGAAGAAUGGUUCCCACAGCACAUCACAAGAGACAUUUACUACUCCCUGCAAAACAUGGUUGAUGACGAGCAAACACCUACUCCAAAGGACGGUACUAACGGCGGCGUAACGAGCGGUAUGCUCAAAUCUGCAUUACUGCUACGUGCAGUGGAAGACAUUAAACGCCUACAAUCCGUUCAAGCACGUCGCGCAGCCCUCAAUCUACUCAUGCAACGCGGUGCUUCUGCUGGUGCUGGUGAUUUCGCAUCUCGUUUCGCACAGCUGGAAGAAGAGAUGAAGGCGGAAGUGGUUGAUGUGGCUCAAGAGGCAGAAGCCCUACAACCAGGUUGGAAUGCCAUCAUUUUCGCAACGGCGAGUGAGAUGGUUGCGAAUGAAAAGUCAAGGAUGCGAUUAGGCCAGAUUAUGCCAAUGGCGAAGCAAGAGCGUGCAGAGUGGGAAGCUGCGCAGGCUGGAUUGAAGGAG